AUGUCUGACGAGCAAGAUUUUGACUUUCUUAACGAUUUGGAUACUAUUCUUGGGAAGAUUGACGAGGGCGAUGAACUUGAAGUAAUCAAUGAACUGGAGUCGGACGUUCAGCCCACGAUCGCCUUACCAAAUAUGAAUUUCUUUGCAGAAGAAGUCCAACAAUUACGAGCAGAAAACCAAGGUCUUCGCUCUCAGAUGCAAGAGCUACUUAAUAGGACCGCUGGGUACGAGGUUCUAAUCAAUGAUCUCAAUCAACAGAGGGCCAGCCUUCAAAAGAAGCUGGAGAUGGCAGCAGAGACUAUUCAGAGAUAUCAGCAGGAGAUUGACAAUUUGGCAAAGCAACUUCAGGAAGCCCACGGGGUGACUGUAGACGCCAGCCAGAAACUGUCUGACAUUGACUAUUUAUCUAAAAGAAAUCAAGGACUAGAGAAGCGUGUUGCAGAGUUGCAGAGUUUUGAGAAUAGUGUAAGAAUGAUAGUGGAGGUGGUCACUGGAACCCCUGCUGAUAAGUUCUCUUUAGAUCUUCUGGAAAAGGCGCUUUCAGGGAUAAGUCCUCCUAAAGUAUCUGAGGAGAGUGGAGAAAAUAAGGACCUGGUUGCGCGCCAUCGGCAGGAAGAAAUCACAAAGGUCAAGUCCAAGUGUUAUGCAUAUCUUUUAUACAUGCGGAAGCGUUACGAGCAGAUCACGGGGUGGCGCUUUGACAUGAAGUCACCCAGUGAAUAUCGGUUCACCCUCAGCAUUGUGAAGGAGCAGCCUGAGUUCAGGUACACGGUUCAACUCGGCAAUAGACUUAUUCUUUCAUCUAAUCCGUUUUUAUCACAGAAUGCAAAGAUGCUGGAUGAGCUCAAGCUGAAGAACCCCCCUGAUGCACCUGAAGCCAACCGCUCAUUUUACCCGACUCUCAUGGCUGCCUCUGUAUUAAGGGCUAUGAGACUGUUAUAA